AUGGAACCAGAAGCGCUAGCAACAGCGGGUUCAAGUCAGUCGACACCCACGAAUCAAAACGCUUGGAAAGAUCCAGUGGAAACCUUUACUCUAAAAGAUGGAAGAAUCUUAGGUUACGCCAGAUAUGGGGCGCAAACUGAUCCCAAAACUCUUCCUAUCUUCUACCUGAACGGAACCCCUGGCUGCCAUCUUGAAGCUUUGCUCGUCGACCAAGUGGCGGAACGUCUCGGGAUUCCGGUCAUAUCAACAGACCGCCCCGGAUUUGGUCGGUCCACCUUUCAUGUGGGCCGUACUCUACUGUCAUGGCCGCAGGAUAUCAUCGAGCUUGCUGACUACCUUGAUAUCCCGAAGUUCGGAGUCCUUGGUCUAUCGGGCGGCGGGCCUUACGCAUUAGCAUGUGUCCAUGCUAUACCACGGGAGCGCCUUGUUGCGGCAACAGUCGUGUCAGGAAUAUAUCCAGUUUCUUUGGGUACCGCUGGGAUGAUGUGGCAAACUCGUCUGCUCCUCUGGGUCGCUAGUUAUUCAACGUGGUUGGUCGAGAAGUUGAUAGGUAUGACGAUGGGAAGGGUGACACACACUGAGAUAAAGGACUUGAUUAAGAUGAUGGAAGCCCAAGCUGCGAUGCUACCCCAGCCUGAGAUAGAUAAAGAGUGCAUGAAAAAAAUUGCGAAGGACGAUAUCCUCAUUGGGGCUUAUAUUGGGUCAAUGAAGGAGGCGUUGCGGCCAGGGGCCAAAGGCGCCGCAUGGGAAUUUGGGUUAUUUUCUACCGAUUGGGGUUUUAAGCUUGAGGAUUUGGAUUCAAGUCGACUAGAAAUAUGGCAUGGUGGCCUUGACGUUAAUGUCCCGGUUGGAAUGCCCGAUAAAGCCUCCCCGCUGUUACCAAAUGCUCCAUAUCAACGGAUGGACGUGGAUGGCCAUGUUAGUGUCAUAAUGCGGCACACGGAAGAUAUUCUAUCGAAUCUCAUCCGCAGGUUUUAA